AUGUCGGUCCGUCUUGACUCUUGUAGAUGCCAUCGGGCGGAUGAAUGCAUCACCACCUACAAGCAACUCCGUUCCGGAAGAGGGGCGAAAAAGCCAACAUUCGUGAUUUACCGGAUCUCAGACGACCAAACCGCUGUUGUAGUAGAAGAUUCAUCUGCAGAACAGGAUUUCAAGGCCUUCCGUCACAAACUAUGCUCCACGGUGGAUAGCCGUGGCAACCCAGCCCCACGUUAUGCGGUUUAUGAUGUUGAGUAUGACCUUGGAGACGAUGAGCAGCUGCGGAGCGCGCUUGAUGUCAAAUUAUCCAUCCACGCAGAUACACCUGAUGAGAUCGAAUGGAAGACCGUGCUAAGCGUGGCCAGUGGGGGUAAGGCUUGA